AUGACAGCAAAAGAUUCUUCAAAGGAACUUACUGCUUCUGAACCUGAGGUUUGCAUAAAGACUUUCAAGGAGCAAAUGCAUUUAGAACUUGAGAUUCCGAGAUUACCAGGAAACAGACCUACAUCUCCUAAAAUUUCUCCACGCAGUUCACCAAGGAACUCACCAUGCUUUUUCAGAAAGUUGCUGGUGAAUAAAAGCAUUCGGCAGCGUCGUCGCUUCACUGUGGCUCAUACAUGCUUUGAUGUGGAAAAUGGCCCUUCCCCAGGUCGGAGUCCACUGGAUCCCCAGGCCAGCUCUUCCUCUGGGCUGGUACUUCACACCACCUUUCCUGGGCACAGCCAGCGCAGAGAGUCAUUUCUCUACAGAUCAGACAGUGACUAUGACUUGUCACCAAAGGCGAUGUCGAGAAACUCUUCGCUUCCAAGUGAGCAACACGGCGAUGACUUGAUUGUAACUCCUUUUGCCCAGGUCCUUGCCAGCUUGCGAAGUGUGAGAAACAACUUCACUAUACUAACAAACCUUCAUGGUACAUCUAACAAGAGGUCCCCAGCUGCUAGUCAGCCUCCUGUCUCCAGAGUCAACCCGCAAGAAGAAUCUUAUCAAAAAUUAGCAAUGGAAACGCUGGAGGAAUUAGACUGGUGUCUAGACCAGCUAGAGACCAUACAGACCUACCGCUCUGUCAGUGAGAUGGCUUCUAACAAGUUUAAAAGAAUGCUGAACCGGGAGCUGACACACCUCUCAGAGAUGAGCCGAUCAGGGAACCAGGUGUCUGAAUACAUUUCAAAUACUUUCUUAGACAAGCAGAAUGAUGUGGAGAUCCCAUCUCCCACCCAGAAAGACAGGGAGAAAAAGAAAAAGCAGCAGCUCAUGACCCAGAUAAGUGGAGUGAAGAAAUUAAUGCAUAGUUCAAGCUUAAACAAUACAAGCAUCUCUCGCUUUGGAGUCAACACUGAAAAUGAAGAUCACCUGGCCAAGGAGCUGGAAGACCUGAACAAAUGGGGCCUUAACAUCUUUAAUGUGGCUGGAUAUUCCCACAAUAGGCCCCUAACAUGCAUCAUGUAUGCUAUAUUCCAGGAAAGAGACCUCCUAAAGACAUUCAGAAUCUCAUCUGACACGUUUAUAACCUACAUGAUGACUUUAGAAGACCAUUACCAUUCUGAUGUGGCAUAUCACAACAGCCUGCAUGCUGCCGACGUAGCCCAGUCGACCCAUGUUCUCCUUUCUACACCAGCAUUAGAUGCUGUCUUCACAGAUUUGGAAAUCCUGGCUGCCAUUUUUGCAGCUGCCAUCCAUGACGUUGAUCACCCUGGAGUCUCCAAUCAGUUUCUCAUCAACACAAAUUCGGAACUUGCUUUGAUGUAUAAUGAUGAAUCUGUGUUGGAAAAUCAUCACCUUGCCGUGGGUUUCAAACUCUUGCAAGAAGAACACUGUGACAUCUUCAUGAAUCUCACCAAGAAGCAGCGUCAGACACUCAGGAAGAUGGUUAUUGACAUGGUGUUAGCAACUGACAUGUCUAAACAUAUGAGCCUGCUGGCAGACCUGAAGACAAUGGUAGAAACAAAGAAAGUUACAAGUUCAGGCGUUCUUCUCCUUGACAACUAUACUGAUCGCAUUCAGGUUCUUCGCAACAUGGUACACUGUGCAGACCUGAGCAACCCCACCAAGUCCUUGGAAUUGUAUCGGCAAUGGACAGACCGCAUCAUGGAGGAAUUCUUCCAGCAGGGAGAUAAAGAGCGGGAGAGGGGAAUGGAAAUCAGCCCGAUGUGUGAUAAACACACAGCUUCUGUGGAAAAAUCCCAGGUUGGUUUUAUCGACUACAUCGUCCAUCCACUGUGGGAGACCUGGGCAGAUUUGGUACAGCCUGAUGCUCAGGACAUUCUCGAUACCUUAGAAGAUAACAGGAACUGGUAUCAGAGCAUGAUACCCCAAAGCCCCUCACCACCACUGGACGAGCAGAACAGAGACUGCCAGGGUCUGAUGGAGAAGUUUCAGUUUGAACUGACUCUCGAUGAGGAGGAUUCUGAAGGACCUGAGAAGGAGGGAGAGGGGCACAGCUAUUUCAGCAGCACAAAGACACUUUGUGUGAUCGAUCCAGAAAACAGAGAUUCCCUGGGAGAAACUGACAUAGACAUUGCAACAGAAGACACGUCCCCAGUUGACACAUAAUCCCCCUCUCCCUGUGGAGAUGAACAUUCUACCCUUGAUGAGCAUGCCAGCUAUGAGGUAGGGCCAGCCCACCAUGGGGGCCGAGGCCUGCACAGGACAAGGGCCAUCUGGCUUUUCAGUUACUUGAGUUUGGAGUCAGAAUGCAAGACCACGAAGCGAAUAGCAGCUCAGGAAAUCCCACGGUUGACUUGCCUUGUUGGCAAGCUUGGUGGAGAGGGCUGAAGCUGUUGCUGGCGGCCGGUUCUGACCAUGAUACACGGCUUGAAAAUGGAAGACACGAAACUGAGAGAUCGUUCUGCACUAAUUUCGGGAACCUAUCCCCGAUAGUGACUGAACUCACUAAUAACUUCAUUUAUGAAUCUGCUCACCUGUCCCUUUGUCUGCCAACCUGUGUGCCUUUUUUGUAAAACAUGUUCACGUGUUUCAAAUGCCUGUUGAAUACCUUAGAGUUUAGUAUCAACUUCUACACAGAUAAGCGUUCAAAAUUGACAAACCUUUUUGACUCUUUCUGGAAAAAGGAAAGAAAAUAGUCUUCCUUCUUUCUUGGGCAAUAUCUUUCACUUCACUACAGUUACUUUUGCAAACAGACAGAAAGGAUACACUUCUAACCACAUCUCACUUCCUUCUCCACAGUCACUCUUAGAACUUAUCUCUGUUUGCCUGCCUCCAGCAGUAUUUUUUCUCCUCUGGAGUUUAACUUUUUGCUUUCAACACAAUAAAAUUGAACAAAUUAGGAGGUAGAAAGGGGCAGUUGUGCCGCUCACCAUGAGCGUCCACGUAGAACUCAGCAGCACGCCCUGCUGUCUUGGACCCCCCACCGCAGGAGCUGUGCAUUCUGUGUCCCAUUCCCUACCUCCUCUCUUCACCCGGUUACGCUGUUCUCAAUGUAAUGCUGCUGUCCUUCUCUCGCACUGCCUUCUGCGCUAACACCUCCAGUCCUGUUUAUAACUGUGUAUUUAUUACUUAAUGUAUAUAAUGUAAUGUUUUGUAAGUUAUUAAUUUAUAUAUCUAACAUUGCCUGCCAAUGGUGGUGUUAAAUUUGUGUAGAAAACUCUGCCUAAGAGUUACGACCUUUUCUUGUAAUGUUUUGUAUUGUGUAUCAUAUAACCCAAAUGUCACUUAGGAGAGACAUACAGCCCCUUUUGCAGAGAGGAGGGGGCGGGGGGUGGGGGGGCGCUUUUUUUCAGAGGGUCUGCCCUUUCUUUCCCUGCCUGAGUUGCUACUUCUGCACAACUCCUUUAUGAACCGGUUUUGGAAACAAGAUUCUCACAUUAGAUACUAAAUGAUUUAUACUCAGCUUUUACUUUUGUAUAGUUUGAUAGGGGCAGGGGGCAAUGGGAUGUAGUUUAUACCCAGGUUCUGCCCAAAUCUGUGUAGGCAUGAAUUGGGUUCUAACUGGGUCCUCCUAUCAUUAUGGCUUUGGUUCAAAAAGCAACACUACAUUUGCCUACAGAUGAUUCUUCUGAAUGCUCCCGAACUACUGACUUUGAAGAACUAGCCUCCUGCCUGCCAUUAAGCAGGAAUGUCAUGUUCCAAUUCAUUACAAAAGCAAACAAUAAAACAAUGUGAAUUUUUAUAAUAAAAUGUGAACUGAUGUAGCAAAUUAUACAAAUGUGAAGCCUCUUCUGAUAACACUUGUUAGGCCUCUUACUGAUGUCAGUUUCAGUUUGUAAAAUAUGUCUCAUGCCUUCAGUUCAGCAUUGUGACUAAUUACAGAAAAUGGCACAAAUGUGCAUGACCCAUGGGUUUGUAUGUCUAUGAACACUGCAUUGUUUCAGGUGAAUAUUUUAUCGUUUUCAAAUGUUUCUCACAAUGUAUGUUAUAGUAUUAUUAUUAUAUAUUGUGCUCAAAUGCAUUCUGAAGAAACUUUUAUAUGAAGUGAAUAAACAAAAGCAUGAUUAGA